AAUAAUAAUUUACAAUCGUGUUGAUUUUUUUACGAAGAAAUACAAUUGAAAAAUAAAAGAAAGAAAAUUAAGAUAUAUGUUACAUUUGACAUAUGGAAACAGGUUCCACAUCAUUAAGAUGACGUACCAAUAUGUCGUAAUGUGAUUAUAACGAUAAUUGAUAAGUUUGAAUUUCGAUGAGUGCAGUGACUACAUUUUAGAACGAUCAUAUCAAUAGCGAAACAUUGUCUAUGUCAGGACUUCUUAUUCUUAUUCUCUAAACCAUUACAAUGAAUCGUCAUCAUAAAUUAUUGCAAACUGAAGAAUUGUAUUCUGAAUCUAUAGACAUGAUAAAAUCCGCUAUCAGAGAAUUACAAGGACAAAUUAAACCGAUACAAAAAUUCAUCGGUGAUCGCAAAAGAGAUAUAACUAGACUCAGCAGAAUGGAGAAGACUGACGAUUCUAAUUCUUUGGAAUCCACACGAUUGUUCUACGAGUACAUUUUGGAGGAACUUAUAAAUAUUGAGCGAACAUGCGAGGAAUGUUUCGUGCGUUUGAAUAUCGAUUUAUUAACGGCAACGAAAGAUCGUACACAACCACCGUUUUACUUAUCUCCGGAGGAAAUAAGGAAAUCUUUUCGUACAUAUUGCGACGUGUUCGACGAAGCAGAGCAGGAAUCCUGUCGCUGUUUUUGGGAGAAUAAACUCGAAUGGGAUCUCGAUGAUACUCAGGAUAUCCUGGCCAAACCAAGAGUAAUCGGGCGAACCGAGUUCGAUGAGCAUGACUUGAAUUUCAUACAAGAAAUCCUUUGUCUUAGAUCGCGUAUGUUCUCCUUACCGAGGAAACGAACUAACUUUAAAAGCGGUCACGAUAUCAUUCAUGACACUGCCAACGGCAAAUAUCGAGCGAGUAUUCGAUUAUCGUUGGAGACUAAGGAUUUCCUUCAACUUCUUAAGCACAGGGAAGCUUCCCGCGUUUUUUCGCACACCGAUGAAUUAUUGAAAUUAAAAAGCUUGAAAUUCAUUGACGGAAAGUUCAAGACUAACGACACUUGGAUGAAGAUUUUAGACGUUCAUGGGAAUCUUAAUGAAUCGAGGUGGCAUUUAGUGCUUUGCCCCCAGAUCGAGAAAAUUUUAACUAGACGCGCGGUACCGCUACUGCGCUUGAAUCCGCGUGCCACUUUCAACUUUUUAUCAAGGAUUACGAAUUUCGCGAGUUUCACACUGUCGAGGGCAGAUAUAAUUCCUCUGUUGAAAUAUAAAAAUGAUGAUACUUGGUUGACCAGUUGGAAAUUUCAGUUCAAGAUGAUAGAUGGCAAAAACAUAGCUGCGACAGUGAUACAAGCUUUCUGGCGUGGUUAUUGGCUACGGAAAAAGAAAUGGCACUCGAAUCGUCUUUACAUAGCUGCGAGUCUUAUGUGGUUCUUUUGGUUGUCAGUAAGGGCAAGAAAAGAAAUGCACCGGCGUUAUCUCAAGAAAAUGCUCGUCUCUUUGCAAGCUACUCGAGACCUUGCUCUAAAGUUAAGCAAUGAGUACGACUCUAUAAUCGAACAGCCUCAUGUGAUCUUGCAUCUACCAUCCCUCGGUCUUCCUCCGGAAUUACGUCGAGUGUUCAAUCCAAAGAUGUUUGCGAUUUACCAGAACAUCACAAUCUUUCGAAUAUGUUCCGUGCGCAAUCCAAAAGCUGAAGUAGUUUACAUUCUCCCCGUGAAGCCUACUCAAGAUUUACUACUGAUGUACAGCGACUUUAUUGAGUCGAUAUCGCCCGACGAAGACGUGGCGAAACGGAUUACCUUCAUCGCACUUUCACAAGCGGACACUUUCAAUAAACUAUCUUUAAACGUUUCUAGGAUCCUUCACUGUUCUCAAGAAUCGCUCACUGAAAUUGAGAAGAAAAUCGCUGGCAAGUCUGCUUAUUUUGUGCCAUACUUUGUCGACGAAUGCGACAUGAGGUUGGCUGGAAGUUUCAAUAUUCCUCUGUUAAGCACUGACAUGGAGGUGCAAAAAAAAUUUGUAAACGCUUCAGACAUAUCUGAAAUGAUAGACAAUCUUGGCCUUUUACAGCCACCGCAUAAAAAGAACAUAACAGACUAUGAAACUCUUUGCACGUCUCUAUCUGAGUUGCUGGUGCUUCAUACUGAGAUUAGUAUGUGGCUUAUCAAAUUGAACUAUGGUACUGCUAGAAAGCACAGUGCAAUUUUUUUGAUUAAUCAUAUUAGUAUGCCAUUUAUGCCGAUGUUGAGGCGUGAACGAGAGAAACAUGGUGAUUAUUGGAUGGAGCAACCAAGUUUGAGAGAGGAAUUCCUUCAGAAAGUGAAGGACCAUCUGCCGAAAGUCAUACCCAACGUGAUUCGAGUGUCGAAGAUGUAUAAUACUUGGGAGAUGUUCUAUACUCAUAUGCAAAAAUUCGGGUGUCUGCUGCAGGCUAUCCCGGCGGAAAAGAAUCCCAAGACGAUUAUGGUUUCUUUGUUUGUUCCUGGAAAAGCGACUAAGAAGAAACCGAUAUGGUUGGGAACCGUGGAUAAAAUAAAUUUAGAAGCUGCCUAUUCGACGACCAUUUACAUGUUACCUCAAACUUCAUUGGACAUUACCAAGAUACAACCAACAGUGAAUAAAUUUGCCAGAAAAAUACAAGAUGCAGGAUUUUUCGGUUAUUUAAGCAUUGAAUGCUAUUGUUAUUUACAUGAGCAAGAGGAAAAACUGGUGGUAUUGUUAUUGAAUAUAUUUCCUUAUUAUUCGUACGCCCAAAGUUACAUUGAUUGGAUGAAAUUCGCGAUCGGAGGAGAUUAUGAUGUUGAGAGUGACCACUUUAUCGCCGAUAUUUCAAUAGACCCACGCCUGGAAAGAAGAAGAUCAUCUUUCUUGUUUAUAGAACGGACACCUGAAUGGAAUGAAACUGUGAAAAGAUAUGCGGUCACAAUUACUCAAUUACAUCACAGUAAAUUUCCAACAUAUCGGUGGCCAGACCUUAAAAAUUUAUUCGAGGAGUGUGAUAUCGAAUAUGAUAGAAAAAAACGACAAGGAUCUAGUAUAAUAUUACACGAUGGUGAAAUUCGAAAUUUCGGUAAAAUGGUUGCCGUUAGUUCUGCUAUGAUCACUACGUUAAAAAUGGUACGUGACAAUCUGACGAAAUUGCAUGAAACUCUGCUGAAGAGAUCGAGAGUAAAGUCAGAAACGAAUUUACCAACUCUCAUUGAUUUCUUUUCGAAACUCUCUCUUGAUUAUAAAAACGUAGCUACUGAUAAGUGCUUGUCAACUUCUUAAAUUGUUAUAUAAAUUCGAAACUGUUAUUAAAGAAUUUGUUAUUAAUCGCAUUGCAAUGAAAUACGAAGUUAUUGGUUUUAAUUUUCAAAAGAUGCUAUGUUCAAGAGCUA